CCUCUUGACCUGAUGCUGUUACCUGGAGUUGCAUUUACAAAAGAUGGAGAUAGGCUUGGCCAUGGGAUGGUAAGACCUCUUGACUUGAUGCUGUUACCUGGAGUUGCAUUUACAAAAGAUGGAGAUAGACUUGGCCAUGGGAUGGGCUAUUACGACCGAAUGCUAGCGGACCACAAAAAUCGUUUUGGAAAGCUGCCACUCAUGUAUGGCUUGUCUCUCACUCAACAGAUGGUGGACAGCGUACCGCUUGGCGAGACGGACAUUAAGCUGGACGGGGUAAUUCGGGCAGAAUAA